ACUUCACCAGGCGAGGCCAAAAAGAGGCGCGCCUCCCCAAGUCUCUAACCUCACCGUGAUUGGUGAUUGGUGGUGGUCCAGGUCCUUCUUCCUCCGUCUCGAGCUCUACGGAACUCCACCACCUUUUUCAACCCGCCCCCAUUUUGGCCUUCCUCAGGUGAGACCCCUCGCUGCGCAUUAGUUUAUUCAGCCCCUCCUUUCUCUCUGCUUUCAAGAACCGAGUUCUGAGACGGCAACAGGUCAGAAAAGGAACUCGGGGGUCGUGGGAGGUUGCUUUUGCUUAGUGGGAAUCGCUUCUCUCCGCGAAACAAGAAUCGAAUGAUGUCGGCGACCUUUUGCUUGUGGGCUUUAAUCUUGUAUUUGGGAGAAUCAGCAUCUGGUUCCUGCUCUUGAGCAGCUGCUGUUGCGUCGCACUGUCCUGUUUUAUUCUGUAGACUCUCUGCCUUGUUCGCCAGUGAACUGCGGAGAAAAAGUAAAGAAAAUGGGAGGGUUGCAAGUCUUGGUCACAUCAGCAUGUAUCGGGUCAAAUUCCUAGUCGGAGACGAGUUUUAAUGGAAACCCAUCACUAGUUGUUCCUUGUUUUCUUUUCUUUCUUCCUUUAGCAUUUCUCUCAUUUCUCUCCAAGUGGUGGAAUGUCCGUUGAAAUUUGUUCAUUGCCUCAGUUAAGUUCUUGGAAUUAGUCUUGUAUGCUACAGAGUGCUAGUGGCAUUUGUGGCCCAUUGAAGGGGAGAUGCUGGUCAUGUAAAAUGAGAAGGGUUUGGCUUCUGUCGUUGCCAUUUUUGUUUCUUGGAGUGUUUCCCUCUGUAUUUAGCAAGGAUCUCACUUCAAGACCUGCUGUCGUGAAUGUUGGAGGCCUCUUCACAUUCGAUUCCCCCAUCGGAAGAGUCGCCAAGAUCGCCAUUGAGGAAGCUGUGAAGGAUGUCAACUUUAAUUCCAGCAUCCUCCCUGGAACCACGCUUGCUGUCACGAUGCAAGACACCAAUUGCAGUGGGUUCCUUGCAAUGAUUCAAGUUCUGCAGUUGAUGAAGACUGAUGUCGUCGCCAUCCUUGGUCCACAGUCUUCUGUGGUAGCUCAUAUUACUGGACUUGUUGCCAGUGAACUCAAAGUGCCUCUGCUUUCAUUUGCAGCCACAGAUCCUACCCUAUCAUCCCUCGAGUACCCCUAUUUUGUUCGGGCGACCCAGAGUGAUUUGAAUCAAAUGAGUGCUGUAGCGGAGCUUGUUGAUCACUAUAGUUGGAAGGAGGUGACUGCCAUUUAUCUCGAUGAUGAUUAUGGCAGAAACGCUGUGUCGGCAUUGAAUGAUAAGCUUGCGGAAAGGCGCUGUAAAAUCUCAUAUAAAGUAGGAAUUCCACCAGGGCCAGUUAAACGUGGUGAAAUCAUGGAUGUUCUUGUCAAGGUUGCACUCAUGGAAUCAAGGGUCAUUGUUUUGCAUGUAACUCCUGAAUCAGGUUUCAUGGUUUUCUCCGUGGCACACUAUCUUGCUAUGAUGGGUAAUGGCUAUGUUUGGAUAGCCACGGACUGGCUUUCGUCUGCUCUAGAUUCUGCUUCUCCUUUUCCAUCUGAAACCAUGGAGUCUUUGCAGGGAGUUCUCGUUUUGCGUCAACACACAGCAGAUUCAGAUAAAAAGAGAGCAUUUGCCUCUCGGUGGAACAGACUGACCGGUGGCUCCCCCGGCCUGAACUCUUAUGGACUUUAUGCUUAUGACUCUGUUUGGCUUGUUGCUCAUGCUCUUGAAGCGUUCUUCGAGCAGGGUGGUGUAAUUUCUUUCUCUAAUGACUCCAGGAUAAACUCUACUGAAGGUGGUGGCCUCCACCUCGAAGAAAUGAGCAUCUUUAACAAUGGACCACUCUUAUUAAAGAACAUUCUACAGACUAGUUUUGUUGGUUUAACGGGUCCUUUUCAGUUCAAUUCUGAUAGAUGUCUUAUUUAUCCUGCCUAUGAUAUUAUCAAUGUGGUUGGAACUGGGUUACGACGUAUUGGUUAUUGGUCCAAUUAUUCUGGGUUGUCAACUCUACCUCCUGAAGUGCUUUAUGGGAGGCCACCUAACCGUUCUACUGAAAGCCAGGAGCUCUAUGGUGUUAUUUGGCCAGGGGAGACACUGUCAAAACCUCGUGGAUGGGUCUUUCCAAAUAAUGGCAAGCAAUUACGGGUUGGUGUACCCGAUCGAGUCAGUUUCCGUCAAUUUGUAUCAAAAGUUCGCGGAACAGAAAAUAUGUUCAAAGGGUUUUGCAUUGAUGUAUUUGUGGCUGCCAUAAACUUGUUACCUUAUGCAGUUCCAUAUCAACUCAUUCCUUUUGGAAAUGGUAGUGAAAACCCUAGCUACACAGAGCUUGUGGAUUUGAUCGCAACGGGUUUCUUUGAUGCUGCCGUCGGUGAUAUUGCCAUUGUUACCAAUAGGACAAGGAUUGUAGAUUUUACACAGCCAUAUGCUGCAUCUGGACUUGUCGUUGUGGCCCCAUUAAGGAAAAUGAACACUGGUGCUUGGGCCUUCUUGCGCCCGUUCACCCCUCUCAUGUGGAUUGUGACUGGUGCUUUUUUCCUCGUCAUCGGGAUUGUGAUAUGGAUUUUGGAGCAUAGGACAAACGAUGACUUUAGAGGUCCUCCCCAAAAGCAACUAACAACCAUUUUGUGGUUUAGCUUCUCAACGUUAUUUUUUGCCCACAGAGAGAACACUGCGAGCACUCUUGGUCGGAUUGUGCUAAUCAUAUGGCUAUUUGUUGUUCUGAUAAUCAACUCAAGCUACACUGCAAGUUUGACUUCCAUCCUCACAGUGCAGCAGCUAUCUUCGCCUGUUAAAGGAAUUGAAAGCUUGAUAAAGGGUGAUGAGCCUAUUGGGUAUCAAGUGGGUUCUUUUGCAGAACAUUACUUGACAGAGGAGCUUGGGAUAUCUAAGUCUCGGCUCAUCGCCCUGGGAUCACCGGAUAAAUAUGCUAGAGCACUAAAAGACGGUCCAGGGAAUGGAGGCGUGGCUGCUCUGGUUGAUGAACUUCCAUAUGUAGAACUGUUUCUCUCGACACAAUGCUCGUUUAGGAUUGUUGGUCCAGAAUUUACCAAAAGCGGCUGGGGUUUUGCAUUUCCUCGGGACUCUCCCCUAGCAGUCGACUUGUCAACUGCGAUUCUAGCGCUCUCCGAGAAUGGCGAUCUCCAGAGGAUCCAUGACAAGUGGCUGUUGCAAACUGGUUGCAGUUCGGACAGUGCCGAGAUUGAAUCAGACCGACUUCACCUCAGAAGCUUCUGGGGUCUCUUUCUUAUUUGUGGCAUUGCUUGCUUUAUUGCUCUCUUCAUAUACUUCCUGCAGAUUUUGCACCUGUUGUACCACACCGCCCCCGCCGUAGCUGUUUCGGAUGGUGCGAGCAGCUCCCGCUCUAGGCCUCUCCAAAGAUUUCUGUCGCUAAUGGAUGAGAAGGAAGACCCUUCCAAAAGAAGUAAAAAGAGGAAAGUGGAAAGGGCGCUGUCCGAAAGUGAUAUAGACAUCAAUCCGGAAAGAGAUAAUAGGAGGAGACAAAUGGGGAUUCAGGACGAGCAGCAGUGAUUUCUACCCGCUCAUACGAAUUUCCUUUCUUUUUUGGUCGCCGCCACUUCCAUACUGUUCGUCCUAUGUUUUUGUACAGAGUAGAUAAUCUGAAUGGUACUGUCAAGCCAAUAGCAGAGAUAGAUUCUUGCCUGAGAGGUUUGUCAAUCAAACUGUCCAACGUCAACGAUAGUGUACCAUGAAGUUUUGCAGUAUAGCCUUCAGCAAUAAAGCACGCUCAUUUCUC